AGGCAGAGAGAAGGAGUGAGCAAUAGAUUAUACAGUGUAAAAUCCAGAAGAAUUCAGCUUCAGUAGUAGUACUGCAACGUACAGAUCAGCAGGCUCCAUCACUGCUGUGAAGAAACUGCCUUUUGUGUUUCCCCCCGCUGCAGUGGGGGAGUGCAUUUACCGUCGCGCCCAUGGGGAGAAGCCAAGAAGUAUCCUCCAAUCAGCCGUUAGUGAUUUCUCUCAUCUUGCGAGGCUGCUGAUGGUGAUUUAUCACUAACCUGAGACAGGAGCCGCACUCUGCUCAAGACUCUAACCACCUGGAGUACUCACUAUGGUUUUUAUUUCUUUUCUCGCACAAAAAUACUCUCUUGUGGAUACACUGACUUGUGUAACCAGCAGACAAAAGGAGGAUUAACAUGGACUUAAGGAUCUGGACUUAAAUUGGCUUUUUGUUGUUCUGCACACUGAGGAUGGACUAACUUUUACAUGUGCACUUGUUCCUACAAGACACUAUUUUUCUGAUAAUACUAAUAUUUUUCAGAAAAAAUACUACAUGUACUGUAGCUGUGCUUUUGCCAUGGGACGGAUGCUCUUACACACUGUAAUAAUCAUGUAGGACUGAUAAAGGAGUUGAGAGAUUUAUAUGAUGAUGGGUGGGAGGUGGAGGAGAGUGGGGUUGACAGUUGGUACAGUUAACAUACCUGCUGAGCUUGUCUGACACUCACUGCAGUCUGAUUAGCAUCUCUAAGAUGAACUAUCAGGUUGUAUUUUCUUAAGGUAUCAUGAGUCUGUUCUUAGAGUUUGCAUGAGUAGACAAAGCAUUCUUGUGUGCUUUUCUUUUUGCUUGUGUAAAUGCACAACUGUGUGUGUAUGUGGUUUGUGUAAAGACCUGCAGUUUGGGAUUACACUGCCUCUGGAAAGGACACAGGUGUAGUGAAGCCCUGAAUGAGGAUUAGCUGCUUUAACACCUUGUCAGUGGCAGCACACAGAGCGAUGGACCUUUUAGAGAAGAUCCUCAAGCUACAAGUGCACUGUCAGUUCUCGCUGGAGGGUUAAAGAUAAAGGUUUAGCCAACAUGAUUGGACUCAGAGGGCAGGCAAGGCGGCAGAAAGGUGGCAGACAAAGUUAUACAGGGGUUUUGUUUCGCUUCUGAGGCAGGUUAUCCUUGAGGGAUGCAGACUGAGGCUAUCCUUAGAGCGAGUGGAUUUUUCAUGUCAACAGACUGAGACAGUUUGCAAUAGCUGAACAAAACACUGAAGCGUAAGAGAAUGUAUUUGGGACUGUGAAUAUAGAGAAGUUUAUGAGUAAAGGGCUGAUGAUACUCCGAAGCAAUUCUAAUUUCCACAAUUAUCUUGCAAGCACAAAAUCUAGCUGAUCCAUGAGUUGCUUUGAUAUUGAUUUCUCUACACAGACUAGAUAAUCUUGUCGGAUCUCUGUUUAAGAGGUCACUAAUUUAAUUAUAAUCCGUCAUUCCAGUCUCACCCUACAGCAGUCUGUCGGAGUGCUGAGCAUGCUGUGGCUUAGAGAAUCAAUAGUCUUAUACUUGUCAUGAUAGCUGACAAGAGAUCUGAUAAAAUUAUUGUAUUUCUGAAGCUGUGCAUUUCAGCGAUCUGUGUAACUGUGUGUAGUAGCUGUUUGGCAGGUUUGGAGAGACUUUAUUAAAAAAUGUCUCCUCCAUUGAUGGCAGGUCUGCUGACAGUUACAGGAAAUUUGGCAGGUUGUGUGUGUACUAAAGCUUGUAGUUGAAAGAGGGGAUGUGUUGUCUGUCUUGAUGCAUGUGCAGGUGUGUGUGUGUUUUAUUUUUUGGGGGGGCUUGUGUCCCUGGGAUGGCUUAUCUUAGCUUCACAGCAAGGGCUUAAAGAUCCUGUCUAAGGGUGUAAUGAGAAGCUUUUGCUACCUUGCACCACCCAAGCACAUCCAGCUCUCCACCUGGCGAUUUUCAAUGGACUAAAUUAGGAAAUGUCUUGAACAAAGUAUUGAUCCUGAAGUGGGAAACCAGAGCAGGUGAAGCAGGUACUGACAGGUCUGUAAGGAGGAGACGUUAUCUCACCAGCCACCCUCAGCAAGAACUCUGUAACCUGGGAAAGCAAAGUAGAGUAGGUGGGAAGCUCGGUGUGGGAGUGAGGAAAGCAGGAGGCACAACAAGACUGAGGCAAGUUCUUUGAUAGCUGCAUUGUUUGUAUCUAACUCUCUCAAAGAGCAUUGCUGAAAAUGUGCUGUUUGGAGGUUUAGCGCUUCGAGUCUAGAAACUCAGGAGAAGUGUGGGAGAGUUCAGCUGGAGUUAUACCGAUAAAACCCAGUCUAUCGUACAGUCUACAGAACAAACAAAGCUGCACAGAAGAAGACUGUAAGAACAUUUUUGACAGCUCACUGAAAGGCACUGAACAUAUCUAUGUAAAGCACAAACCACAAAGACUCUAUUCUCCAGCUCUACUGUCAUCUAACCCAAAGAUAAAAUUAUAGUGAGGAGUUCAAAGGACUAAAAUGUUUGGCUGUGAUGAAGACAAAUACUUGGACUUGCUGCUCUGAAAAUAUGUCAACAAUAAAAUUUACUCUGGAUUACAACACUUAAAUCAAAAGCAGCACACAGAAGAAGAGCAGAGUUCAGUGUGUAUCAGUCCCUGGCAGGGAUGUGUCGUGUGUUACUCUGAGGAGGAGUCGUGAAUAUACAACCACAACCCUACGAAUGAGGGUGGGGCUCUCCCACUGCCACAGACAAAGACCCUGAAAGAGAGAGUCUUGGUGUGAGAACUGGUCAUCUGGGGCAGUUUUGGACCUGCACAGUCCAGCACCGUGUCAAAAGUCACAAUGGGGUGCAACAUGUGUGUGGUCCAAAAGCCUGAGGAACAAUACAGGGUCAUGUUCCAGAAGGGUCACAUAAACAACAUGCUGUGCUCUUUCGAUGCUGACGGUCGAUUAAAGGUGAACGGAAAGGAGCUGUCGCGCCUUUCUGGGGAUCCCGCCCUUGACAUAAGAGACCCUGUACUGUCCAGUGUACUGAGGAGGGGGGCCCGCAGAAGGGCCGGCCUAGCAGGAGCCCCUGGGGCGUUAGGGCCUGUGACCAUGGGCAUGGCCGACUGUGUAGACAGCUGCACCCAGACGGACAUCAGUUUCCAGCAUAUGUUGACUCUGGGCAAGAGCAGCCAGCAUCCUUGUGGAGCUCCACCCCCACCCAAUCCUCCACCAUCCCCUCCACUUCCACCCCUACUGGAGCCAUAUCUACUCAGUGAACUCCUUAUAGAGCCUGAAUACUACGACCCUACUGACUACUUCGAUAUCACUCAGCAUGAGGUGGACAGGCAGGAUGAGCUGGAGUAUGAGGAGGUGGAGUUGUAUAAGUCUCGGCAGCAGGAUAAACUCGGGCUGACAGUGUGUUACAGAACUGAUGAAGAGGAGGACUUGGGGAUUUAUGUAGGAGAGGUGAACCCAAACAGCAUAGCAGCAAUAGAUGGCCGCAUUCGCAAAGGAGAUCGCAUACUACAGAUAAAUGGAGUGGACAUCCAGAAUAGAGAGGAGGCGGUAGCUAUUCUCACCAGAGAGGACAGCACUAAUGUCUCUCUGCUCCUUGCACGACCCGAGAUAGAGAAUGAUAACCAGCUGGACCAAGAUGAACUGGACCUCGAGCCCCUGGACAAUGCUGUCCAUCUGCCCAGUGGCCACUUACUGAGGAAUAACACCUCCAUCUUAGGCACUGGAGGUGGCAUUGUUGCUGGUGGAGGUUUGACGGGCGGCCACAGUCGCUCACGAAACAUAGAUUCGCCUGUUCUGAUGCAGACCGUCCUGAGCAACAGCCAGGAGCUGGACAGCGGUGUGGGCCGCACAGAUGAAAGCACACGCUAUGAAGAGUCCUCAGAGCAUGACCUCCUAGGAGACGACCACACUAGUGCCUCCAAUACUAAUGCCACCAACACACCCGGUAGUAUGCGCAAGUUCUUCUCCAGCCGAGGAGAUACUCCGCCCUUGCUGCACUCCCAGGACCUCCAGUUCAGCACUGACUCGCUCUUAGGGCUGGACUGUGUUAACGGAGGAGGGCUGGAGCAGGUGGAGAGACUGGAGAGGGCCUACAUGGUGGACCCUGUGAGGAUGAUGAUGCCUGGUCUGACUGAGGAGGAAUGUGAGAGGUACAAAGAACUCCUGGAGAUCAAGUGUUACUAUGAGAAGAGCAGCAAUGGUCUGCAACUACUGGAGGGCCAGGGGCAAGCACAAGAGGAGGGAGGUAUCCCACUGGACGUGAACAGGAAUGAAAGCAUCUCUCAGCAUGAAAUGGCUCUUCUAGAGGAGGAGUUACGCCACUUGGAGUUUAAGUGCCGUAACAUCUUGAGGGCACAGAAGAUGCAGCAGUUGAGGGAGCGCUGCAUGAAGGCCUGGCCUCUGGAAGACAAAAAUGGAGCAAGUGUAGGUGCAGGUGUCGGAGCUGGACGUCUGGACAUAAAUGGUCCUCUGGUUAAUGAGGAGUCCAGCCACCAUGCACUGUCAGACAUUAAUGAGCUCCCUGAGAGGGAGCGCUCGGAUAAGGACAGUACGAGUGCCUACAACACUGGAGGGGAAAGCUGCAGGAGCACCCCUCUGGUCAACGAACAGUACCCUUCACCCUCCACACAAAGCCUCGAGGGGGGAGAGCCUCUCCUCUCUGCUGGAGUCCAACUUCCAAACUCCACCAGGCAGAGAGAGAGAGGGACCAGGGCUGAAAGAGCAGAGGGGAUGCAAAUAAAUCUGAAUCAACCCUAUGCUCCUCAGAGUCAGAGGAGAGGAGCUGAAGGUAAGACAUCCAGCCCCGGAAUGAAAGUUCGGUCCUUGUCCAGAGACAGUGGAACACGGAGGGGGUCAGACGGAGGGGUGAGGCGGAACCCGAAAACCAGUGGGACACUUGAGAGAACCGGUGGACGUAGUGCAGAGAACAGCCCUUAUCUGUCCCGUCGUCAGACUGAACCAAAACCACCUCAGCGCUACCUGAGCUGCAUGCAGCUGAGGUCUCCUUCAACCUCUGAGCGCUUAGUUGGUCUCAGAGAGGGAGGUUUGGACAACAACGGCGACGCCAGCCCCAUGAGUCUCGGUAGCACAUGUAAAGAUGUUCCACAAGUGGGUUUACCUUUACCAUUAUCCCCUCGCAUGGAGUGGAAGGUGAAGAUCCGCAGUGACGGAACCCGCUACGUGGCCAAAAGGCCUGUAAGAGAUCGCCUCCUGAAGGCCCGAGCCAUGAAGAUCAGUGAGGAGCGCAGCGGUAUGACGACGGAUGACGACGCUGUGAGUGAGAUGAAGAUGGGCCGCUACUGGAGCAAAGAAGAGCGGAAACAGCAGCUGCUAAAGGCCCGGGAGCAGCGGCGGCGCAGGGAGUUCAUGAUGCAAAGCCGCCUCGACUGUCUGAGGGAGCGUGAGAGGGAGCAGGGUGGUGGCGGCAGCGGCCAGCAGGGGACGCCACAACAGGAACCACCCUCCAUCCUGGAGCUGUGCCACCGCAGGAGCAUGAAGAAACGGAGUCGGAAGAUCCUGGACAACUGGAUAACCAUUCAGGAACUACUGGCUCAUGGGACCAGGUCUGCUGAUGGGAAGAAGGUCUACAACCCUCUGCUGUCCGUCACCACAGUCUGAGAUAUGAGAGGAGGCAGAUUUACGAAGACGUCAGGUCUGCAAGGACUUGGUGAUCACUCCAUAGGGGAGGAGUGAGAGGCUGCGUGGGUGGAAAUGAGCUGCUUCAAGUGUCUGUGCUCAGUACAAAAGGUUGAAGUAAAACUCAGAUGAAGAAGCAUAUUACUGUCAUGUCUAAAAAAUAACAUUUGAUCAAUACUUUGUUAAAAAGGGAAAGUUUCUCAUUAUAACAUGAUACUGAUCAGUUUUUAUUUUUCCCAUAUGGCAGUAUUAUCUUUCCAUAUUCAGAAAGUGCUUUGUUUAAUGUCAUAUUUAAAUUAAGUAGCAUCUUAAAGGCACCAGCCGAAAUUAUUCAGUUGACAAAAAACAGACGACUGAGGCUGCUUAGACUCAUCUGUCCUUAAUGCUGUGUGUACAUGAGCAAACAAGAAAACUACAAUACUGUGGAUCUGAAGCUGCAUUUCAAAAGUGAAUUUCAUGCACACAAACAAAGCUUUACACAGAUCAUAACUUUUAGAAAUGCAUACCAAAUAUACACUUCUUUUCAAAAAACUCAGCUUCAUGCUUUUAAAGGGAUUUAAGGGUCUCUUGAUCUGGCUCAGAUUUCUGAAAGUCUAUUAAAGAACACCUUUUGAUACACAGCAGCACAUUUUAAUAAAUAUACUGCAUUUCUCUACUAUUGUGGCUGGUUGAAUGGACCUAAACUUUGCAGGAAACAUUUUUAGACUUUUUCAUUAUGGUCCAUAUUUCAAGGAUUUGAAACUGGAUAUUAAAAAACACAGAAGUCAUUAUAGAUAAAAGUUGACAGUAGAGCACAGAUUGGCACACUUGAAUGAAAAAGGUAUUCAGAAAAAGUGAAGUAAAAAACCAAGAGGAAAAAUACAUCAUUACUUUCAAUCUGUCAUUUUCCAUAAAGGAGAGAGACAGCACCACCUGCUGUGAAGAAUAACUGAAAUGUGGAGAAAUGGGCGCCCUGUAAUCAUGGCAGACACGUAUUACAUUAGUGUCAGUGAUAGAAUAAAGGAAAAAUAAAAAUAGGGCCAAUUAUGCAACUGUGAAACCACAGGAAAACCAUUUUUGUGCCAUAAUACUGAGUGAUCUCAUUUUCAGCAAAACACUAUGUGCCAAUGAUGAAGACCUUCAUUCUUGCACUGUUCGUGUACAAAUGGUCCUUUGUUUUACCAGAGGAAAUUCAUCAUUUUCAGACGCUUUCUGAUAAUGAAUGGCUGAGAGGUGCCUUUCAAGCAGACUUGACUGUACAGCACAAAUCUCAAAGCAACAAAAAAGGCUAUAAGUGAGCAGUUUAGAGUAAAUACUGAAGCACAGCGCAACCGACAGAUUUAAUGUUUUAAAGUGGCAGUGUCUUGCAAAGCACAACGGUGUUAAAUUUGAAAAGCAACGCUGUUUAAACUAUUAAUUGCAAUCCAAUCCUUUUUUUCCUGCUUGUAGUCACGGUGUCAUAUCUGCAAUAGAACUUUUUGUGCCACAAUCAGACUUUGCUUUCUGGAUGUCAUUUUCAACUUUUUGAAAUCACUUUAACUCUGUGGUCUCUGAACAGAGGUUAUUAAAAUACAGCUUAACAGGUUUAACUGCAACUUACAUUUAACUCCUUCAGUGUCAUUUAUAGAAACAUAUGGUUAAAGCAAAUUUUCUAUUUGACUCCCAUGCAUGUUUGAUAUUGAGGCCAAAAUAAUUUUUUUUUCAUGUUCGUAAAUUGUGGAUGUGACUUUCUAUGAAUUUGCUUAAAUCCUAGCAUAGAAAAAAAAAAAAAAAACACGAUGUACUUGUUAAAUAUUGUGAUGUCCUGUGUCUGCCAUUUUACAUUUAAAGCUUUUUUAAAUAAAUGCUGUGAUCAUGGAA